AUGGCUGGAGGAAAUUCUACCGCAGACUCAGACUUUCACUGCUCCGAUGAAUUCUUGGCGGCCUUCAGAAAGAGCAUGAGGGGGCAGGUGUGGAGGGUGAACGCGAUGCUAUUAACCGAUGUCGUGCUAGCAGGGGUCAUAGUCGCCAUGGGCGCCUACGGCCAGCGCUACCAUCAUCACCCCUACACCCGCUUCGUCUUCCUCGGAGCCACGCUCUUCUUGCCCAUCCUCUCCUAUGUUGUGUCCAGCACUGACAGCAAGUCCAACAAUUACAGCAAUGUUAACGAGUACUUUCAUGGCCUUGUUGCUACAUGCGAAGGAGAAUUUCACUCGCUGGCUACCGUGACAUGGGCAUUCCUUGUUCAGAUUGUUGUAAUCAACACGAGCAUAGUAGUCGCCGCUGAUGACAGAGAAGGUCGAAACAUACCUCCGCCUUACGAGUUGUUUGUUCAGGGGCGAUCCUUUGCACUCGGACGCAAUCCACAUCUUGUUUCUGGGUACAGUCAGCAACUGCAGCAGGUAGAAGAAGGAAGUCCACAUGGUGAACCACCUGUAGGUGAUGGCCAGCAUGUACAUGUACAUGUACCUCCUCCUCCACUCAUGGUUAUGGGAGAAGAAGUAAUACAAGUGGAGAAGCAGCCUCUGCAGCAGGUAGAAGAAGGAAGUCCACAUGGUGAACCACCUGUAGCUGUAGCCGGUGAUGACCAGGAUGUACAUGUACAUGUACCUCCUCCUCCUCCACUCAUGGUUAAGGGAGAAGAAGUGAUACAAGUGGAGAAGCAGCCUCAGGGGUAUGUGGUGAAGGAUGUCAAAAACAUGGUGACAGUUGACAGAGUUUGGCGGUUGGACGACACGCUACUAGCUGUUCCAAGACCGCUGCUACUGAAAGACUUAUGCUUGUCAUUUGCUUUGUUCCAGUUGCUGCGCUGUCGAUUCGCGAGGUAUAAGCUUGGUAAUGCUGGCUCUAAGGGGGUGACAACUGACUUUUUCUGGGGCUUGUUGAUGAAGGAUGGCAAACCUGUGAGGAUAUUCCGGUUGAUUGCAGACGAGGUUUCUUUCGUUCAUGAUUAUUAUUACUCGAUCAUCCCUUCCAAUCUGCUAUGCCAAGCGUUGGCUGCACAUCUGGAGUCUCUGUAUCUCACUCUUGAGCCUAGGGAUUGGGAGGACAUAGUGAGUACCACUCAGAUGGAUUGCCUUUACUGGUGCUGGGGAGCUGAUGUGAGAUCAGAGACAUGGCUCUUACAUCUGUUCCAACUGGACAAAAGUAGGGCUCAUCUGCUGAUGGGCCAGAGCUCAGUACUGGUGCUUCAACCAAGAACAGUCACUCCACUCGGACUUCUGAGGCGCGUCCUCCGUUUACCGGACAAGGAGAGGAGUGUCAGAGUAUCACCAGCGGUGAAAGCUUGCAUCAUCGAUGCCCUGAGGAGCCAUAAGAGCACCGGCGCAUCUCUGCGCCGAAGCCGGGUCGAUGAGAACUUCCCCGGGGCCUGCAAUAGCAAAGGCACAUCAGAUGCCAUACUUACAUGGCACAUCGCCACGUGCAUCCUUGAGGCUCGGCACCCAUGCCAGCAUGAUCAAGAACAAGAACAAGGCUCUCCGCCGGCUGUAUCCGAUGACAGGAUCACCGCAGUACACCUGUCACGGUACUGCACGUACCUGGUGGCCUGGUAUCCUGAGCUACUUCCUGACGACGUUGCAUGGAGCAAGAGCGUGUACAAGGCCGUCAAGAAGGACGCUGGCCGCGCCCUUGCUGCCAGACGCGCCGCGCCGGGCACGCCAGAGGCCGAGUAUGAGCAGCUGCUGAAAUUGCUGGGUGAGAAUUCAAGGCACGAGGUGCUCAGGGAUGGUGCAAGGCUGGCAACGGAGUUGGUGGAGUACUUCACUGCCGCAGGCGAAGGCGACGAGGCCACGUGGAAGCUGCUGGCCGGAUUCUGGUCGGAGAUGAUCCUGUACGCCGCGCCGUCGAAGAACGAGAAAGGGGACUCGGAGGCCGUCGCCCGGGGCGGCGAGCUAAUCACGCUCCUCUGGGCGCUGCUCUUCCAUGCUGGGAUCGUAAGCAGGGGCGAAACCGCUGCUACGCCUGCUGGCACUGUUUAA